AUGGGUGAACGCAAAGGUCAAAAUCACUACUACCCGCCCGACUUCGAUUACAAGAAGCACAAGACGCUUAACGCUUACCAUGGAACACACGCUUUGCGCGAAAGGGCAAGCAAAAUUGGGCAGGGAAUUCUUGUCAUCAGAUUUGAAAUGCCCUACAAUGUUUGGUGUCUUGGAUGCAGAAAUCACGUAGGCAUGGGCGUUCGAUACAAUGCUGAAAAGAAAAAGAUCGGAAUGUAUUAUACAACGCCUCUUUACGAAUUUCGAAUGAAGUGCCAUCUUUGCGACAACUAUUAUGUCAUGCGAACAGAUCCAAAGAAUCUUGAUUACGAAUGUUUCGAAGGCUUGUCGCGACAAAAGAAACAAUGGGAACCCGAGGAAAAUGGACAAUUUCCCGGAUAUGAGCGAACUAAAGCUGGAAGUGCGAUGAGUCAAAAGUUGGCAGCGGAUGCAAUGUUUAAGCAAGAGCACGGUGUAAAGGACAAAGAGAAGGCGGAUACAACAGAAAAAGAUUUGAACACUUUGGAAUGGCUUCAAGAACGAACAAGAGACGACUACUCGGCAAACUCUCAUCUACGAGCAAGAUUUCGGACUCAGAAGAAUGACUUAAAUGAGCAACGAGCAAAAGAUGAUGCUCUAAAGGCUCGUGGUGGACUUACUAUUGAGUUGCUGCCGGAAAGGCCCGAUGAUAAACGAAUAGCCGGUCUUGUCAUGAAGCAAUCUAGAGUAAAAACAUUUGAUGAAACACAAGAAGAAGCACGAGAUGCUGUUGAAGGACGCAGAAUUUUCAACAAACCUUCUACUUCAUCUGUCAACAUUUUACACAAAAAUUUGACCAGUCAAGAUCGUCUGAAAGAUUCAAUGCGUAAAACGCGAAACAAAUGGCUAAAUGAUCAAUUUGCAAGUGCAAGUGGAAGUGGAAUAGGAGAAAAAAGAAAGCUGAACGGACUUGGAAUUAUUCGCAAAAGAGUGAAAGAAGAAGUGGAUGGCGAAUCGAUAGAGGAAAUUAAAGAAGAUGCAGAUGAAGUAAAAUUUGAAUCAGACUUGAACAAUGUUGGUGAUUCAGAAGUGCCUCAAAUUAAAGAAGAAAAAGCUUCAUCAAAUGGUCGAUCUUCAGAAACGACACCGAUUUCAUUAACUGGACUUGUCGAUUAUGGAAGCGAAAGUGAAUCUGGAUCAGAG